AUGCGCCGCCGCAUGAGUCCAGACAUGCCGCUGUCAGAUCCGGUGGAGACGAGCCCCGGUCCGGGGCGGCCCACGGCCCACACGGCCCACGCGGCCCACGGCCCAAGCGGGGUGUCAAGUCUACCAUUGGUCCCGAUCGCACAGCUGAGCUUGUCGAUGCCUCGCUGCCGCGUGCGAGCGCGAGUGCUCAGCAAGUCAGGAAUUCGAGCCUUUACGAACUCCAGAGGAAGCAGCCAGCUCUUCUCAAUGGAUCUCAUGGACUCCGAUGGGGCCUGCACCAGGGCCACCUGUUUUGGUGUGGCCGUCGACAAGUUUUAUCCUGCCAUUCAAGUGAAGAAGAUCUAUGAGAUCACUGGCGCGUCAGUGAAGCAAGCGAAUCCCAGGUAUUGCCGAUAUCCCAUGGAGCUGACCUUGGACGAGCGUGGUGCCUUUUUGACGGCCUUGCCGGAGGAUGGAACCAUUCCGCCAAUUCCCUACAAGUUCGUGCCCAUCGCAGAGCUGAGUUUGGCAGUGCUGGGCACCAGCUGUGAUGUCCUUGGCGUGGUUCAUUCCCUGGAGGAUCCUGUCAGCGUCGUCACCAAGAAUGGCCCUCGAAUGAAGCGGCAGGCGAUCCUCCUCGACAGCUCCAAGGCUUCUAUCGCGCCCUGGUGGCCAGGGGCUGAGAUUGAACUUGCAGUGGGCAUGGUCGUUUUUGUACGUGCUGCUCGCGUGAGCGAGUUUCAGGGCCGGACGUUGGAUCUGAACGAGGCCAGCUUCGUGGAAACCAAUCCUGAUGACCCGCGAGCGUUUCAGCUCCAGGCUUGGCAUCAAAGCUGCGGGCAAGAUGAGCCGAUUCGCCCACUGUCGGGACUUGUCAGUGGCGGUCGGGGGAAGAAGAGGAACCUUGCAGAAGCUCUGGCAGAGGAUUCCUUGCUAGCCAACCAGGGGGAGCGCUCCAGCUCGGCACGUACCGUGAAUUUCCACCAGGUCUCAGCGACGGUGGUCGCGGUUCGCAACGACCGAGCGCCCUUCUAUUGGGGUUGCACGACCGAAGUGCCGGGCUAUGAGAAGCCACGAUCUUGCAACAAGAAGGUCGAAAAUGGGCAAUGCGCAGCUGGACACAUUUGCCCUGAGCCUGCUGCUCGCUUUAACCUCUCCUUGCAGGCGCGCGUGUCCCUGCUGAGGUUCAUUGCCAAGCCUUUGGAGAAGAGGCUGAGCUUCUGGCCGACGUUCCCGCAGCGGAGCUGGCCGUCUUGGACGACGAGCGCAUGGCCGGGAACCUGCAGGCGGAGAAGACGUACACCCGGAUCUUCCGGAACAUGCUGUUCCGGCGCUGGGCCUUCACCUUGA